AUGCCAACUAUUCAUAGGUUGCGAUGUCCACUCUGGAUAUGCAAAGCAUCGUUUACAGCACUUGCUUCCUCCGUGUCUGAUAUUCUUGUUGCAAUAAUUAAGUUAGAUAUCACAAAGUGGAAUGAGUGCGCCGCCGUCGAUCAAGAGGCAACGCGAGUAUUCGUCCUCGCCUCCUCCGGUCUUCAAGAGGUCUCGCGCAGGACGGGAGUCCCAGUACAAGAGCGGACCCAGCAGCAACUUCUCAGCCCCUCACCGGAAUCCUCUGCUUUGACUUCAGAUGACAACCUUAACUCCUUGUUCGACUCUUCCGCAGGCGAGGAUGAACCUGACAACGAGCAACCAAAGACAUCAACCAGAGUGUUUGGACUUAAGACAGACGUAUUUGAUAUGUCUGACCCGGCUGGACAACACCUCAAAGCAGCCCACGGAGAGGCUUUUAGGGUCAAAACAUACCAAAUGAACGAUCAGGAUUCUCUCGAAGCAGCCAACAUGCACAGUCAGAAGCGCAAAACACGAAGUUCGUCACUCAACAUUCCUGUUCAGCCGUCAACGAUGGCACAGAAUGAUCUGUCCACGAAUGUGUCGCAUGCGAAGCCAACCUGCACUUCUUCACGCAAGAGCCCAGGUUCUAAGUUUAUGGCCGAAGCGCGGGCAGCUGCGAGGCUGGAGUCUCAGCAGAAGAAGCGCGAUGAGGCUUCUAUUCGAGAGAGACGUAGAUACACGAGGCCAUAG